ACCAAGCUGUUGCCAAAGCCGAAUCAUACGCAUUUCGUUGGAGGAGGAUUGUAAAAAAAGAAGUGAUAAAAUCUCAGUCUGCUUUAAUCCAAAAACUAUGAGUGACUGUUGGGCUGCAGCGGCUCUGUGGCGGAUGGCAAGUUGUGAGUCAGACCUGGAGGACGCGCAACUUUUAUAGACUUUCAAGUCCGCUGCUUGUGAGUAACCAGCAGCGCAGUUUAGAGUCCUUUGACUCCUGGAUUGCGCGUCUGGAGAGCUUUGGCAUCAGAGCGCGGCGUGUUUCAGUUCGCUGCUGCCCAGGGCGUCUCUGAUCGAGAAGGAGAUGAUAAAUCCACUAAGAACAUGUUUGUGGUGUUUGCGGGUUGCAAUGGAGAAUAAAUGAACUGGACGUUUAUCGGGAUUAACUGAGAGCACAAAAGCAGAAUGCAGGAGAGGGAUCUACAGAGCAUGUGCAGAAGGGUGCUGCUUCUGACCAUCUGUUUGGUGUCUCUCUUGGGACAAUUGACAAGUGCAUCAUCACACCGAAGCCACAUAGUACACGUGAAAGCAGGAACCUGUGAGGUAAUUGCUGCACACCGAUGCUGCAACAAGAACAAGAUCGAAGAAAGAUCCCAGACUGUCAAAUGCUCCUGCUUCCCUGGACAGGUGGCGGGAACAACAAGAGCAGCUCCAUCUUGUGUAGACGCAUCAAUAGUUGCACAGAAGUGGUGGUGCCAGAUGCAUCCCUGCAUGGAUGGAGAAGAGUGUAAAGUGCUACCAGAUCUCAAAGGAUGGAGCUGCAGUACAGGAAACAAAGUAAAGACAACAAAGGUUACCCGAUAGUUGUAUUUUUCCAGAACAAAGAUAUAUGGACCCAAGAUGUGUCUUUUACCAUCACAGAAGGACAUUUUGGAUCCCAAGGAAUUAAUGGACUGGCAGAAACCAGGGACCAACACGGACAUUAGUCUCAGACAUUCCAGUGAAUGAAAAGAGGGAAUGUAUGAGGAAACUCACAUGAGACUACAGUCCCUAACAGAUUCUUGACUUUUUGUCUAGCAUCAACAGUAGCUUAUUCUCUACUCUGCUGCCCACCAAAUCUCUCUUUGUAAUAUACUUCUAAUCCAAUGGAUUUCAAAACCCAACAAUGAUGUUAUCUAUUUAUUGACUUUAAAAACUGGAUAAGACAGUGAAAAAAAUCACCCUCAAAACAUGUGAUGUGAAACUUUUGUGUCAUGUUCUUGCUACAAGAAGCCCUGGGACUUUGGUGCAUAUCUCUGUGGAGGCUCUUGUGAGGUCAUACGCAUUUUAAUUCCUUUUAGCCUUAUGGAGGAGAUGUCUCUUCUGUUUCCUUUUGUUCAUUUGAAAAAGAAAAGCCUGAUAUUUCUUCUUUUAAACUUUAUUAGGAUGAUUAGUCCACUUUGAAAAGACACGUGCAAUAAAAACACCCAGAAAUAAAAAAAAGUAAUUAAAGGUCAACGUAGCUGUGUUCUGCAAAAUGCUUAAAUGGUAUCUGUUAUUUCAAAGCCUGGUGACUGCUAUUCAUUACAAAUGUCAACAUUAUCUCAAUAAAUCUAACUCAAUGAAUAUUGCUUUUUUUUUUUUUUUUUUAGAAUAAUUGCAGUCUGUGUUGUAUUGUUGAAUUGCAGGAGCUCAGCAUGUUAAGCAAAUGUUCAGGCAAAUAAAACAGGGGGGAGGAUCACUCGAAGAUAAUCAGGCUUGAUCUCAUGGUGGAACAGAAAUGUGAAAAUCAGCAAAUACAGAAAUAGGAUGUGGACAAAGUAGAAAAGGGAAAAUGCAUCCUACCAGUUUUCCUCAUAUGAGCAGACUUUACAAGAAUAGAUUUCUUAAAUCUAUUCCAUGGAUACAUUCAUGCAGUAAUGGUGCUUCCCCAAUCUUUUGUUCCUGUUUUGUUUUUUACUCUUGAAUGUUAAAUAUUCUUUGAAUUUAAAAAUCACACGAAGGUAAUCUUAGUAAAUUCAAAUUUGAAUUAUGAAACUUUUAUAUUAAGCAACAAACGCUAUCCCUUAGCAGUGUAGUUUAUUGCUAUAAAGGGAAAGUCUUAAUGAUCAUCUAUAUAUUUAUUGCUAAAAUUGUGCUAGAUCUUUUAAUUCUUUUUGGUAAGCAGUUAUUCUUGCCUUGUUAGUGGGUAUUAUGCACAGUCUCAUAAUAAGGGUCAAUUCUUAAAGGUAUAGUGGAGGAUCUUUAUGAAUAAAAAAAAAAAAAACUGCCCUCCCUUUACCCACUCCUGAGAGAAAACGCCUAUUAAAUGCAUUCAAGAGUGUGCACAAGCCCAUUUCACCUUGUGCAAGCUCUGUUUAAAAGUUGCUGUUUGCAUCACUCAUAAAAACUUGCUUUCCAAAAGAAGAUGUGCAAUUUUUCCACGUUAAACUCACAAACAGGUGUUAUGCCAAGAAAUACCAGUCUGCUGAGAAUUACCUCUCCUUUCGCACAAUGAUGAGAAAACUGAUAGAAAUAUGAAUGAAAAGAGAACUUUAAAAUAUAUUCUUAAUAUUCUUAUAUUUCUUAUGCAUGGAUGCCUUAAAAUUAUGAGUUUUUGUUGGACGGAUAAAUGCAGAGAAAUUCCUGCCCCUGACCAAAAAGCGUGAAUUGCCCUAAAGUCUCACGUAUUGAGAAAAUGAAUUGACAUAUGAACAAAAAGGGAACUUUUAAACAUAUUCCUAAUGUUUUGUCAGAAAUGAUAGAAUUGUGUUGAUAGCAAAACCGAGAGAUGCUAUCUACUGAGUAGAG